AUGUCUCGCGCAUCUGGGGCGAGCUUCGCACAAUUCUUUCCAUCGGCUCCUCGAGCUGCGAAAGACAAAGCAAAGGAGAGGGAAAAGUCAAAGGCUCAGCAGGCAGAUUCGCCCAUCACCCUUUCUGUUGCUGACACUCAUAUUAAUGCGAAAGCUUUGACUGACAAUGCAUCUAUCACACAUCUUUCAGAAGAUACAUCAAUCCCAAUUGCGAACCAACCUCCUACCCUGCCGACAGAAGAUAACGAACCUGUACAAGGCGAUAUCCUGAAUGGAGUAGGCUCAGCAAGCUCACACUCCAGUUCUGGUUCAUCCCUUUUCAGCGCCAACCAUCAGCUUUCCAACAGCAUGCACAUAUUUGGUAGUUCUCGAAACAUCAACGAUUUAACACCACUGACCAAUAUCGACUCCUCACCCAAUCAUGUUGCGAGUCCCAGCAAUGCCAAGGCUGAUGCGCCUGUCAACGCUACAACUCGCAUCCCUCGUGAUAAUACAAAACCUGAGCGUGUCGUCGCUAUACUUAAUUCUGCAACGGCAGAGCAUACCCCGCCCGAGCCACGAGUCCUCGCUCGAGACCCAGCACAAGGUGUAAAAGGAAAGAGGUGCACCUAUGAUCCUUUCCACGAUCCCAAUAUACAUUCCACGAAAGAAAAGCUUAAUCGCCGCCCACAUUAUAAGGAGUUUGGUUUGAAAGAUGACGUUCCCCCAGCGGAUCCACGGUUAGCAAAAGGUAGCAGAUUGUCGUAUAUCAACACCGAUUACCACAAUUCAUUGUCACGACUCAGUCACUCGCCGUUUAUGCUACCAAAGUACAAACACAACCCUAAAAAUCAUUAUGGACCUGGCCCACCAACGGAAAUAGUCGUUACUGGGUAUGACCCCUUAAUAAACUUUAUGAAGGUGACGAAUGUUUUUACACACUAUGGCCAGAUUGCGGAGAGCAGCAACAAGUUACAUCCAGAGACAGGAAGUUGCUUGGGCUUUGGCACAUUUCGAUAUCGAGACACUAAAAGGAAGGAUGGUUCAGUUUUGACUGCGGCUGAGGCUGCAAAAAAGGCAGUUAUGAGAGGCAGCAGCGUGGUAGGGUUGGGACCACGAAUCAAGGUCCAGUUCGAUCCUCAAGGGAAGCGCAGCACUUGCAUGCUUGAGACUGCCUUGGAAAAGUCCAAACCCGAACCUUUACCCCUCCCACCCAAAGAGCCACCACCACCACCACCGCCACCCAAACCCGAAGUUGUCAAAACCUCUGGACCUCCACCAACCGCCCCCAAAGGGCCUGCCGCUCUUUCUGGCAGGCCCCAAUUCAGACCAGGCCUUGUGCAAUCUGUGAUUCCCACAAAACCGCGCACGCAAACACUGAUUGAGGACGAGCCAAUUGCCCAACAACUGGAGGAGGAUCCGUACAUAUUUAUUUCGAAGGAUUAUGUUCCAGUCAUCCCGGCGACAAUUGUUCAUCUAAAGAAACGACUGAAGCAGCAUUUUUUGGAAGAAGUUAGGGUCGACAGAACAGGCUACUAUGUAGUCUUUGCUAACGGCGAGGACGGGAGAUUCGAGGCGGACAGGUGUUAUUCCUCUUGCAAUGGCACAGCGCUAUUUUCUUAUGAAAUGGUCAUGAAGCUAUAUUUAUGGGGUACCGGAGGCCGACGACUUGAAAAUCGCGAACCCGAAAGAGGCCAUCAUCGUCGCACUCGUAGUCCUGACCCGCGCUUGACUGAGCAGAAAAGGAAAGGAGAACUCGAGGAAAUUAAAAAGGAAGAAGAGGCUGAUCUUGAGGAGGAAAAGCGAGAACGGGCAAAGAACUUUGAUCCUGCACGUGAAGCCAUAGAAGUUAUCAAACGAGAGUUGAUGACACAUCUGAUGGAUAAGAUCAAAGAACGGAUAGCAAAUCCAAUCCUCCGAAAUUUUAUGGAUCCAUCCAAUCAUGUCGCAAAGCGACGGAAGUUGAAUAUCCAUGACCCGAACGUCAAGUUGCCAUUCAUCAAUGAGGAGGAAUAUCAAGAAAAUAGUACUACUGUUGGAACGCCUAACUCACGAUUUGAGGACCGUAAUGCUUUAACAGCCGGGAAGGUCAAUGUUACUGCUUUGCCCAGGAUUCGAAAGAGGGCUAAAACGGAUAAGAAACGCAGUGUUGGAUUUACCGACCCCUUCGCCAGGCCAACACGGAAAGCCUAUGUUCGACCUAUGCACUUCCUUAUUGGUAUGGAGGACGAGGAUUCGGAUGAUGAUAAUGAAACUCGUUCUAGGACACGGGGUACUGAAGAAGUAGAGUCACGCCCGAGAAGUCGUAUGAGCACCGAUGAUGAAGGUUCAGAUGAUGAUACGGAUUCGAUAAGCCAACAUCAUGCGAAAGAGAGAUCUCCAUCAUUGGAUACCAGAGAUGGAGAGUCUGUUAGUGAAGUCAACUUUUCUGAGCCUACUGCACCAACGAAGAAAAGAAAACUGGACUUGCACGUGGAGGCUGCGAAAAAGCGACAAAAGAAGACUGACGAGGAACUUUUCGGUGUGUCUGUGGCGAAGAUCGAGCCUCUUCCGGAAACUCCCAUCCUUGAGGUAGGUAUUCCUGAUCUUGAUGGAUUCCCAAAGACAGAAUCCGAGACUGAAGCUGCUUUAAUUGCGUCGGCCAAAAAGAAGGCCGCCAAAUCGGCAAAGAGGAAGAAGUCUAAGAAGCAGAUAUUCGAAGAAAGAGAAGCUCUUAAGAGACAACAAGAGGGUGUUCCGGACGACGAGAUUGUGCCGGAGGAAGCCGAGGAGUCUGAAUUUGAGGAAAAUAUUGUCGAUGCUGCACCCGUGGAGACAUCCGUCGAAUGGGGCAUGUCCGGUGAAGCACCCAAACCCACCGUUGAUGAUGACUUUGAUAACAUCCUCGAUAUCGAUGGACUGCAAAACAUUCUCAAGGAUGACGAAGAUGCUGGACCAGCAUUCGAAAUCUUCAAGACGGACUACAAGCUUAUCGACCCUGCUACUUGGGCAUGGAGGCAAGGGCAAAUCAAGUCCCUCAAUCGAAAUGGAUACAAAGGUAUCGUCAAGGACGAGACUGCCGUACCUGGUUAUUACGUGGAGACUUCAACGGGCUGUGCUCGGACUGAUGGUACCAAGAAGAUUUUGAAUUCCGAAAAGUCUCUCUAUCUCCCUCAUCGUAUUAAGGUUCAAAGGGCACGUGAAGAACGCGAGGCACAAGCGAAAAGAGCCGGCAAAGAUGUGGCUGCAGAAGCAGCCGAGGCUGCUAAGAUUGCGGCAGAGAAGCUACUCGCCAGAACCUCUGGUCGUGCCAAUCGUGUUAACCAACGUCGUUUCGUAGCCGACCUUAACGACCAGAAGAAGACUCUUGGUGGUGAUGCUGAUGUGUUGCGUUUCAAUCAACUUAAGAAACGUAAGAAGCCUGUCAAGUUUGCUCGUUCUGCUAUCCACAAUUGGGGUCUUUAUGCCAUGGAGAACAUCGCAAUAAAUGAUAUGAUCAUCGAGUAUGUUGGUGAGAAGGUUCGACAGCAAGUUGCAGAUCUCCGAGAGAACAGAUAUCUCAAGAGCGGUAUCGGAAGUAGUUAUCUGUUCAGGAUCGACGAAAAUACAGUCAUUGAUGCCACUAAGAAAGGUGGUAUCGCAAGAUUCAUCAAUCACAGUUGUAUGCCUAACUGCACUGCAAAGAUCAUCACGGUGGAGAAGAGCAAGAGAAUUGUCAUUUAUGCGCUGCGUGACAUCGCACAGAACGAGGAACUCACCUACGAUUAUAAAUUCGAGCGUGAAAUUGGUAGUACAGAUCGUAUUCCAUGUCUCUGUGGUACACCGGCGUGUAAAGGAUUUCUCAACUAA